AUGGCAAUUCCUCGUCGCAACGGGCAGCUUUCUUCCUGCGAGCCAUGCAGAAAAGCCAAACUACGAUGCGACCACCAGAGUCCCGUUUGUGGACGAUGUCUUAGGACUGAUCGAACUGAGCUCUGUUUCUAUCAUCCAGCUCCUCAGACCCAGUCGCGUGCAUCCCCCAUUCGCGUUCCAUCACGAAGAUCAAGAAAGCAACGACCAAACAAUCAGGUCACCUUUCGUGUGGAUAAGAGAAUAUCCACAGCAGCCGCGCAAGGUCCGCUGCCAGCUUUGCCAUCGGGUCUGUCGCCGGUGAUCGAAGACGCAAAGACACCAUGCGACCAGCACCUCCCGCGAUGUGCUGGUAAGAAAAGGCGAAACCUACGACCAGGUCUUUUCGGGUUAGUCUCACCCCAAGACAUCUUUAGCGACUAUGAAGAUAGCUUGCAAGGCGAUGACCUGGAAUGCGAUCCUGAAGCGGCGGCAUCGACGACCACGGCUCACCCAACCGACAGUGACUCGGAUCAUAUCCAGCGUGGGGCUCGGAUUCUGUCGCACCUGCAAAAGAUCCGUUGGUUCCGUGCGAUCAUUGAGCUGAAGAACAAGACUUCACCUGGAUGGGCUUUAGGCCCUGCUUUGACACGUGUCCUGUGCGACUCCAUGGAGAGGAUGUACGACUCGGCCGUGGGUGGCUCUCCGGACACGCACGCAUCCUUACUGCACUUGUCUCUCCAGAUAUGUACCAACACAUCGGAGGAUAUCCGAACGCACGCGGCCAUGAGCGCCAACGAGUACAUUGAGUCGAUCACGGCACGGUGGGAGACCGUCGGUCUCUUCUUUGCACUGCUUGGGACAGCACUGUUCAAUACCCCCGACAGCGAUCCCGUAUUCACUAAUCAAAACCCGUCGAAUCUGUCGAAGACUCAACUCCGAAACAUUUCCACUACGGUGGGUGAGUUGUGCUGCCAGUUCUGCAACAGCGCCGGAACCAGCAGUGACCCCUUUUGCUGGCUCGUGAUCCAGCAGGUAGUCCUUCUGACUUCGAUGUUUGGUGAUAGCGACUACAGAGUGUGGCAGAAGCUCGGAGAUUUAUCGACCAUCGUUUAUGCAUUCGGCCUGCAUCGAUCCGAUCGAGACGUCAAACCAAGCUUACCCUUCUUUUUGGUGGAGAUCCGGAAGCGGGUGUUGGUGUGUGCGUAUGCAAUGGACAAGGAGCUGGCAACCUCUUUAGGGCGUCCCCCCCGGAUCUGCUCGCGAUACUGCCAUCUCCCGCUUCCCUUGGAUAUUUCCUAUGAGGAGAUGGUUUUUCCUGGUACCACGGAGGAGACCGCAUUGCUCAAACUUGAUGCGGAUGGCUGGAACACAGAAGGGAGAUUUACGGUGGGUGUCAAGCUUCGCGUUGUGUUGAUGACGAGUCUGCUGCGAGAAAGCACCUUAGAGCUGUCUUUAAGCCCCGGGAUCCGGAAUCUUACAGCCAAAGUCGAAGACUUGAUCCAAGAGUGCCGGAAGAUGCAACAAGGCCUGCCUACCUUCAUGCGUUGGUCUGCCGAGGAAGCGGCGACGGGUGCAUACCACUCAACCCAAGACGAGGGCCGCGCCUUCGCACACAUCGAAUUCACUUACCAGGAGUUUUUGUUGCAUCGCAUCUUACUCAAGCGCUUGGGGGUAACAUCACUUGGUCUUAUUGAAAGCGCCGUUGUUAUUUUGACAACGCUGCUGGACAUCAUUGCCAUGCAAGCUCGAUCGGGGAAGUCCGCUAUCAACAUGUCCUGGGAUUUGUGCUAUAUGGGCCUACCUGCCGCAGGUGUCCUGACCUCCCAACUACUUGCCGGGCGCAAUUCCCAGAUACCACCGUCGAGCCCGCCACCGCUACCGGCCAACUUCCGCUCCCGCGCCGUUCAGAAGCUGAGUGUUUUUGUUUCCCAUCUGACAUCGCUAGUGCGGAACGACGACGGGAAUUAUGAGGUUGCCCAAAAGGGGGCGAAAUUCAUUCGAUGGGCAUUGGACCAGGUUCUUUCUCCCCCGCAAGUUCCGCACCCGGCCGUAUGGAAUGAAGACCCCGACCUGCCGCAGGGCUGGCUUCUGGACUGUGAUUUGACUGAGGACUUUGACUUCUUGGCAUGGUGUGAUACUGUGAAUUGGUCGCAGGACUCCUUUUAA